AUCAUUGUGGUUCAAUCCUCACAGCAGCAGCAGAAAGAUUGCGUACGAGCGGUAAAACUUAGUUACCAGCUUGACUUUGCACCUACAGCAUUUGGUGUCAACGGUAUGUUCCGGUUGGAACUCGCAAGAUCAGACCAUGCUAUUCUCUGUGUUAUUGAUCUUAUGCAUCCCAUCUCUGUCGACCUGUUUUGUUCGAGAUGYCAUUUCUCAUCAGACAAAUAACAAUCUCAGACCUGCACAUAAAUUACGGAAUGGGAUUUCGUCCGAAGAUCUGCAGGAAAUUCUUUCCGAUGAGCUAAUUCCACACCAAGAGACCGAGCUKUGGCUUGAUCUUCGUCGUACUGCGAUCCAUCCAAAAUCUGCCAUUGAACAAUUGGAAACACAAAUCGGAGUUACGUCGUUUGUCGACCGAAUCCUUUUGUCAGAAAAUGYAUUUCAAAACCUCGUAGAUGUUAACGACAUGUACUUGACUACAUCUCAGAUCUUGUAUCAAUCUUCCCAAAACAACGACAUAUUUUUAUCCUCGAGUCAGGGUUUAUCUACUCCAUUUGGUAGCCUUUCUUUGGCACCGAGUGAUGCAUCGAUGCCCGUGGAGGAUCCAAUCCAAGCGAUCGAACUUAUAUCUACUGGCAAGUGGAUGAUAUUAGGGAAAGAAGAAGAAAACACGGACGAUCAAGUUGAAUCRUUGAGGAUUGACACAGUGGGAAAUUUUUUAGAUAUUGCUUUGUCUUCCUGUCAAGCCGGUUUGUGGGAUUAUUCGCAGCAGACGAAUGGAUUGUUGUUGCCGAAAAGCGAUAUUUCCGUUGGAUCCGAGGACAACGACCAACAGAUCGAGAUCCAUUCGACCACGGGCGGAGUAGGUAUAGUGUGCGAUACGAAAUCAGCAUUGAUGAAUUUAGCGUCUAUAAUACAACUGAAGAAAAGUGGGACAAGUAACUCUGUCACUGAGAGUGGCAUCAUACUUCAGAGCAGCGAAGAUACAUCAACCGCAGUAGGAACUUCGAUCGUGCUUCCGUUCUCAGUUGACUUAUGGCAAGUUGCAACAUUGGUCUUUGGAAAAGAACUGUACGGUGAAAGCGAUGAUAAUUUUCAGUAGAAUAUCAAGCGAUAUUCUGCGCCUUAGAUUUUGUGUUUU